UUCCCUGCCGAAAUUCUGUCCAAAAUUCUGCGACAGACACGUGGCACGCCAACCACCGUGGCGGCAGACCAGAAAGUCAAUAAACACGACCAAAUUAUACAUUGACAGCAAUCCAUCCCGUCGUCUUCCAUAGAUGCUGGUGGUGGUAGUUGGUGAGCACCACCAAAAGAUUUAAACCUUCUUUCAUUAAUCUCAUCUAGAAGCUGCUUCGUUCUGUUUUAUUAUCAUUAUUAUAUUACACUCCAACUUUUCAUUCAUUCUUAGUUUAUAUCGAUCCUGUGAUCAGAAUUUGUUGAGGUUUGACUAUGGGGACUGGUCAAUGGACUGUUGAAAACAGAGCUCCAAUUAGGAGUGAAUCUUCUGUGAAUGAGUAUGUGCCGGAAAUCGGAUGCCUGUCGGUUAUCGUCCUCGGUGCUUCAGGUGAUCUGGCCAAGAAGAAGACGUUUCCUGCUCUGUUUCAUCUCUACAGGCAGGGGUUUAUUCAGUCACAGGAUGUUCAUAUCUUCGGUUACGCCAGGACCGCCAUUUCGGAUCAUGAUUUGAGAAGUCGAAUUCGCGGAUAUCUUACACCAUGCAAGGGUUUUGAGGAAACACAUGAGGAAGAUGUAGCCCAGUUUUUGCGGUUGAUUAAAUACGUGUCUGGUGCGUAUGACAAAGAGGAGGGAUUUCGUUUGUUAGACAAGGCAAUAUCGGAGUAUGAGCUGUCGAAAAACAGUACGGAAGGGUCAUCUAGAAGGCUCUUUUAUCUUGCUCUUCCACCUUCGGUGUAUCCGCCUGUCUGCAAAAUGAUAAGAAGUUAUUGCAUGAACAAGUCUGAUCUUGGUGGUUGGACUCGAAUUGUUGUAGAAAAGCCGUUUGGUAGGGACUUGGCCUCUGCUGAAGAACUCAGUGCUCAGAUUGGAGAACUGUUUGACGAACCGCAAAUCUACCGUAUUGAUCAUUAUCUGGGAAAAGAGUUGGUGCAAAACUUGAUGGUACUUCGUUUUGCAAAUCGCUUCUUCUUGCCACUAUGGAACCGUGACAAUAUUUCUAAUAUUCAGAUUGUGUUUAGAGAGGAUUUCGGAACUGAUGGGCGUGGAGGAUAUUUCGAUCAAUAUGGAAUUAUCAGGGACAUCAUUCAGAAUCAUCUAUUACAAGUGCUUUGCCUUGUUGCUAUGGAGAAGCCCGUUUCGUUAAAGCCUGAGCAUGUUCGCGAUGAGAAAGUGAAGGUUCUCCAAUCUGUUCUUCCGAUCGAAGACAAUGAAGUUGUGCUUGGACAGUAUGAAGGGUAUACCGAUGAUCCAACGGUUCCUGAUAACUCAAACACUCCCACCUUUGCUACCAUGGUUCUUAGAAUUCAUAAUGAAAGAUGGGAAGGUGUUCCUUUUAUUAUGAAGGCAGGGAAGGCGUUGAAUUCUAGAAAGGCGGAAAUUCGUGUGCAAUUUAAGGAUGUUCCCGGCGACAUAUAUAAAUGUCAAAAACAAGGCAGAAAUGAGUUUGUCAUAAGGCUUCAACCUUCAGAAGCCAUGUACAUGAAGCUAACAGUCAAGCAACCGGGGCUUGAGAUGACAACUGCUCAGAGUGAAUUAGAUUUGUCAUACGGACAGAGGUAUCAAGAAACCAUAAUUCCCGAGGCUUAUGAACGUUUGAUUCUUGACACAAUAAGGGGCGACCAACAACAUUUUGUUCGUAGAGAUGAGCUAAAGGCGGCAUGGGAGAUUUUCACGCCGCUUCUGCACAGAAUCGAUAGAGGUGAGAUGAAACCACUUCCAUACAAGCCAGGAAGCAGAGGCCCGGAAGAAGCAGACAAGUUGGCCCAAAAGGCAGGUUAUGUUCAAACUCAUGGGUACAUAUGGAUUCCACCAACUUUGUAGAGUGUCCACCUGGUGCCUGCAGAUGCAAAUAAGAACGUCAUGAUGUUCUAUAUAUUAGUAUCAUUGUAUGUGUUCUGCGGUUUUCUUAUAUAACGGGUGGGCUAAGGAACGUUUAUACACCGUGGUUUUUACCCAUCAACUAUAGGGUGUAAUGAACUCAUGUUUUGAUGCGAAUAAUUAUAAUGUUUGAUCAACAGAGUUAUAGUUA